AUGUACAACGCUCAUCGCGGCAUGGUGCCGGGCGCGCAGCCCAACCGCCUGCAGGAGCUGCUUGACCAGGUCCGCCAGGAGUUUGAGAACGAGGCGGGCCGCGCCGGCGAGAUGGAGCGCCAACUCGCUACCCAGUUGCAGGAGAUGGAUCUUGUUCGCACCAAGAUUUAUCAAUUGGAACAGGCGCAGAUCGCCAUGAAGGCCAAGUAUGAGGAGGAGCUUCAGCGCCUGCAGCGGCAGCUCGAUGCCGCCGGAGGACCUUCGCACUCGUCCCACGUGGGCGGCUCCCAGCACGGUGGCCCUUCGCAGCCUCCGCCUGCAAUUGGCCACGGUGGAGGCACUCUGUUUGGCGGAAUAAUGGCAGGAGCAGGAGGACAGGGAGGACCCGGCCUGGCUCCUCCUCCGCAGGAAUCGCAGCAGCCUCAGGGGCUUCCUCACGGCGCGCCUCAGGGCCCUCCAGGCCUCAAUCCUCCUCCGGGUCCGCCGCAGCACCCGUUCGGUGGGUACCAGCCUGGUCCCAGUGGCGUCAACGGUUACGGUCCCCAGGGUGCGCCACAGCCCACCGCCUCGCCUGGACCUGGAAAGCCCAGGCCCGUUCGUGGUCCUCCUGGUCCCCCCACUCCUCAGCAGAACUCGGCCGCGCCCUACCCCGGAUCUCCCCAGGUCCCGCGCCCCACUCCCCCUCCCAGCCAGCUUCAUGAGCCGCCGAAUGCCCUUGCUGCUUCCACCCCAAACGUUGGCAACACCCUGGCUGAGCUGGACCCCGAGCAUGUGGAUGAGAGGUUCAAGAGGGAAGGCGGAGAUUGGUUCGCCAUUUUCAACCCCCGUGUCCGCCGCGUCCUGGAUGUCAACUUGGUCCACACCUUGCCACACCAGAGUGUUGUCUGCUGCGUCCGCUUCAGCGCCGACGGUCGCUACGUCGCGACCGGAUGCAACCGCUCCGCCCAGAUCUUUGACGUUCAGACUGGUCAGCUGCGUGCUCACCUUCAAGACUCUUCGCUUGGAGAGGAUGGCGAUCUCUACAUCCGCAGCGUCUGCUUCAGCCCCGAUGGCAAGUUCCUUGCUACGGGCGCUGAGGACAAGAUUAUCAGGGUUUGGGAUAUUGAGACGCGUUCGAUCAGGCACCAGUUCUCCGGCCACGACCAGGACAUCUACUCUCUCGAUUUCGCUCGCAACGGCCGCCUGAUUGCCUCGGGAAGUGGAGACCGCACCGUUCGUCUCUGGGACAUCACCACCAACCAGCAGGUGCUCCAGCUCUCGAUUGAGGACGGUGUCACAACCGUCGCUAUUUCGCCCGACAACCGCUUCGUUGCUGCGGGCUCUCUCGACAAGAGCGUCCGCGUCUGGGACACGAGCAGCGGCUACCUCGUCGAGCGCCUGGAGGGUGAUGUUGGCCACAAGGACAGCGUUUAUUCGGUCGCGUUUGCGCCAAACGGCAAGGACCUCGUCAGUGGCUCCCUGGAUAAGACCAUCAAGAUGUGGGAGCUGUCAACGCCGCCACGCAACAUUCCGGGCGCUGCACCAAAGGGCGGCAAGUGCAUCAAGACGUUCGAGGGCCACAAGGACUUCGUUCUCAGUGUUGCCUUGACCCCAGAUGGCGCGUGGGUCCUUUCUGGAUCCAAGGACAGGGGUGUGCAGUUCUGGGACCCUGUCACCGGUGUCGCUCAGCUCAUGCUCCAGGGCCACAAGAACUCUGUCAUCUCCGUUGCUCCCAGCCCCAUGGGCAAUCUGUUCGCCACGGGCAGCGGCGACAUGCGCGCAAGAAUCUGGAGGUACGUACGAAUAUAG